AAUAUAUGGGAAGCUUUGGUUAUUAUUGUAGUAAAAAUGGGAAUGGCGACACCCACGUUGUUUCAUCGUCACCCGUCACCAACCUCAUUAGCUAUUUCUAUCCCUUCUCUUUUUCUAUUACUCACUUCAACCUCAAACAAACGCCCUCUGCAUUUCCACUUCAAUUCCAUGUCAACAAACAAGAAGAAGACCAUAACAGCAGCAGCAGCAACAGCAGCAACAACAAAGACCAAAUGCCAAUCGCCAUGCAAAUCCUCAGGACCACCCUGUUCCUCCUCUUAUUCCUCCUCGUUUCCGCCAUUUCCGCAUCUGGGUUCGGAUCCAUGGGUCCCAUCUCCGCCGCAUUCGGCGAAGACGGGUUCUUUUGCGCCAUUGACGCCGGUGGGAAACAGGAGGUUAUAUGUUGGAGCAAAAACAACAGCUCUCCUUCUUUGUCCUCUUCUUCUUCUACUACUACUACUUCCCCUUCGUCUGCUUCAACUUCACUAGCAUCAUUGGAAUCUGCUUCUCAAGUUCCUCCCAUGGCGGCUUUAUCAGGCGGCGAAGGUUUCUUAUGUGGCAUAUUAGCAAACACUUCUCAAGCUUUCUGUUGGAGCUUAAUGUCGUCAGGUACGGAUCUUGUUCCUUCGAUUUAUACUACCACAGCAUAUUCUCACAUAGCUUCUGGAAAGAAUCAUGUUUGUGGAAUCAAAGGGGCUUAUUAUUCUGAUCAUGGAUCUGGUACCGUUGAUUGUUGGGAAAUUGUAAAAGGCUCUAAUGACACUGUAAGUUCAAAACUGAGUUCUCUGUUUUAUAAUCAGAGUAUUAAUAACCUUGCUUUCAAUAAGAUUGUUUCCGGUGAAGGGUUUAGUUGUGGUGGGAUCAGAGAAGGAGGGCUUGUGUGUUGGGGACCAACCGCUGCUCUUUUAGGGGUUUCGAAUGUUUCGGAGAGUUUCGUAGUUCUAGCUUCUGCUAAAGGUUCUAUCUGUGGAAUCAUGGAUUCGACUCGUGAAGUGAUAUGCUGGGGUGAUUCCGAUUCAUUUUCCGAUACUCCUAUCGGUCUCCGUUUCAUAUCAUUGACGGCCGGUGCUUAUCAUUUCUGCGGGAUUCGAGAAGAUAAUCACGGGGUUGAAUGUUGGGGCAGCUUCAAUUAUUCUUCGGUACCGAAGCAUUCCGGGUUUAUGGCACUUGCUUCAUCGGACUUCACUACUUGUGGCAUAAGGGAGGAUGAUUUGGUUUUAGACUGUUGGUCCCGAAAUCCCACUUUACAUCCUGAUUAUAAUCCUCCUCUGGAAUUAUGCAGCCCCGGUCUUUGUCGUUCGACUUCGUGCCUCGAAGGGGAGUUUGCUUUCAAUGCAAGUAACCUAAACGAGCCAGAUUUGACAAGCUUGUGUGUUAGUAAGGAUUUGCAGAUUUGUUCACCUUGUGCAUCGAAUUGCUCUGCAGGUUUCUUCUUGUCUAGUCCAUGCACUAAGAAUGCGGACCGAAUAUGCACUGCUUGCUCUCUUUGCCAAAACAGUUCUUGUUGGGAUGUCUGUGGGCUCCCAUCAUCUCCAGAGAAACACUGGCAUCAUAUGAUUAGACUUGUGAUCAUAGUUGGUUCUUGUGCUUUUGGUUUGUUGCUGAUAUUGCUUAGCUGGUGUUAUCUCCCACGUAUGUUUACGACGGAAACCGAAGGGAAAACGAAACAGUUCAAGUCUUGCAUAGGCAAACCGAACCAAUUGGAUGGUGAUGCCGCUGUAUUCUCUCCUGUUGCAGUCUCUCCUUGUCCCGGAACAGCUCAAAUUUUCCGGCUUUCCGAGUUAAAAGAUGCCACCAAUGGGUUCAAGGAGUUCAAUGAGCUUGGUAGGGGAAGUUAUGGUUUCGUUUACAAGGCGGUGCUAGCAGAUGGGAGGCAAGUUGCCGUCAAGAGGGCGAAUGCUGCCACAAUAAUCCACACCAACAGUCGUGAGUUCGAAAUGGAACUCGAAAUCCUUUGCAAUGUGAGACACUGCAAUAUUGUGAAUUUGCUAGGUUACUGUUCCGAGAUGGGGGAAAGGCUGCUUGUCUAUGAAUAUAUGCCCCAUGGUACACUUCACGAUCACCUUCAUGGAGGGCUUUCUCCUUUGAGUUGGAGCCUUCGUCUGAAGAUUUCGUUGCAGGCUGCGAGGGGACUCGAGUACCUUCAUAUGGAAGUUGUACCUCCAAUUGUCCACCGUGACAUCAAGACUUCAAACAUUCUUUUGGAUUCAGAUUGGGGAGCACGAAUUGCAGAUUUUGGACUUGUUACAUCAAGCGAGAGGGAUCUCGAUCUUAAUGGAGACAUGAAAAGUGGUGUGUACAGCUUCGGGAUCGUUUUGUUGGAGAUUUUUAGUGGAAGGAAAGCUUAUGAUAGAGAUCAUACACCUGCAAGCAUAGUUGAUUGGGCAGUUCCCUUAAUAAAACAGGGCAAGGCAGCUGCCAUUAUCGAUUGUUACAUCGCGCUCCCGAGAAACAUCGAGCCUCUGCUUAAAUUGGCGGAUAUAGCUGAGCUGGCCCUCAGAGAUCCUAGUGAGCGUCCUACUAUAUCCGAUAUGGUAAUAUUGUUGCAGCAAAUCGUGAAGGAUGGACCGAUCUUAUGAUCUUUGCCCCCUAUUUUAUUUUGAACAGAUUAGUAAAACGCACAGGUAUUUGGCAACUGUAAAUCAAUUUCUUGUACAUGAGAAUAAGAAGCAAUGUAUUACUUAAAUAUCCACAAAGUGAAGAAGACUAUUUUUUUUCUUAAUAAGAGUGCUGGAUGAUGAACUUAGUUUU